CAAAAGCAAAAGGAGAAAUAAAUAAAAGAAACCAAAAUACAAAAUUCACAAAACAGGAAAGCCAUCGAUCUCUAUUCUCUAUUGUCUCUCCCUCUUGCUCGCUUCACAGUAUAAAACCCUAAGUUCAAAUUCGGAAAAGUCGACACUUUCCUGCCCUGGGACUCUCGCCUUCAUCAAUUCGAGGAAGCUGCUGGAAUUUGGUGAUUAGUCUUCACAGUUUCCAUAUUGAUGAACUGUCUAUGUCAGAGUUAUAUUAAGUGCUGAACAGAGAUACAUAUGGCUUCCUUUUUGUCUGGCGAUUCCUCUAACUAUGGUAUAAGUGAUACUGGUUCCUAUAAACACACUCAGGAUAAGCUAGACGAAGGAGCCUGUUGGUACUUUUCCAGAAAGGAAAUUGAAGAAAAUUCUCCAUCUAAAAUAGAUGGAAUUGACUUAAAGAAAGAGGCAUAUCUACGCAAGUCAUACUGUACUUUUCUACAAGACUUGGGGAUGAGACUUAAAGUACCCCAGGUAACGAUUGCAACAGCCAUAAUCUUCUGUCAUCGAUUCUUCCUUUGCCAAUCCCAUGCAAAGAAUGAUAGAAGGACCAUUGCAACAGUGUGUAUGUUUCUUGCUGGGAAGGUUGAAGAAACUCCCAGGCCGCUGAAAGAUGUCAUUCUUGUCUCGUAUGAAAUUAUUAAUAAAAAGGAUCCUGCAGCAGUUCAUAGAAUCAAGCAAAAGGAGGUAUAUGAACAGCAGAAAGAGUUGAUUUUACUUGGAGAGAGGGUUGUUCUCGCAACUCUUGCCUUUGAUCUUAAUGUAAACCAUCCAUAUAAACCGCUGGUUGAGGCAAUAAAGAAAUUUAAAGUAGCUCAAAAUGCCCUUGCUCAAGUUGCAUGGAAUUUUGUUAAUGACGGACUUCGGACAUCACUUUGCUUGCAAUUUAAGCCCCACCACAUUGCGGCUGGUGCCAUUUUUCUUGCUGCUAAGUUCCUCAAAGUAAAGCUUCCAUCAGAUGGCGAGAAGGUCUGGUGGCAAGAGUUUGAUGUCACCCCACGCCAAUUGGAGGAAGUGAGCAAUCAAAUGUUGGAACUAUAUGAACAAAAUCGGUUACCACCGUCCGCUAAUGAAGUUGAAGGAAGUUCAGUGAGUGGUGCUAAUCAUCAGCCUUCUGCAAAAGCUACAACUAGCAAUGAAGAACAUGCAACAGGCAACAGUCAUUCGCAGGCUGGAGGUACAAGACCUGGAACCUCAAAGCCAGCAUCUAGGCAAGGGUCUGAGCAGUCUUAUGUUGAGAAUGGUGGACCUGCUAGAACUACCCACAGUCAAAGUAAUGACUACAGAAGUGCUGAAAUGAAAGGUGCUUUGGAUCAGAGUAUGGAUGUUGAAUUCAAAGAUAGUCAACCCCCCGAAGCAGUUUCACUGCACCUAGACAAGGUGGGGGAAUCUCAAAAUAUAUCAAGGUUUGUGUCAGAGGGACAUAGUGAAGAGCAAGAAAGAGAGAGCAAUGUUGGGAAAGGUGAAACAAGGGAAGGAUGGGAACCGAAGGAUAAACAAUUUGGCCGAAGUUUGGAGAAUCGACAAAGUGCACAUGGCCGAUCACCACAGGAAGCUAUAAAAAAAAUUGACAAGGACAAGGUAAGGGCAGCACUGGAGAAACGAAGGAAAUCCGUGGCCGAUGUGACUCGGAAGACAGAUGUGCUGGAUGAGGAUGAUUUGAUUGAGAGGGAACUCGAAGAUGGUAUUGAACUGGCUACGGGGAGUGAGAAGAACAAGCGGGACAGGAGGCAAAGCUGGUCAAAGCCCUCAAAUAGGCAAGAACAUGAGGGCCUGCAUCAGGGAAAACAUCCGGACGGUGUUGGAGAUGGCGGACCACAUUUAAACAAUAUAGAAGAAGGUGAGGUAUCAGCACUUGAUGCCGGACAAGAAUUUCAGUCACCAAAAUCAAGCAGUCGUAAGAGAAAGGCAGGAAGCCCAGUAGCAGUUCCUAUGGAAAGGAAGCAGCGACAUGAUUAUGUGCCUGGGCCCCAUCACCAUAAUCAUGGUGAUUAUACAGAAGAUCACAACAGGGUGGGCCGCUCUGGCCAUACAGAAAGGGAUAGCAAAAGGCAUGCACCGGAAAAUCAUGUGUGAUGAGUGUACUGCUUGCCACAAACAAUCCUCGGUUUCUGUUGUGAUUUCUUUGGUGAUGAUCAUGGGCACACUAUCCUGUCUUCUCCCAGCUUCUGGGAAAAUAUUUAUGUGCUCUAAGGCUCCUUCAGCUUGAUGAUUUUGACCAGCUUCCAUGUAUACUACAUCCUCUGCCCUUCAGAAAUCUCUAAGAGGCAUAUCAAAGUCCUAAGUGGACUAUACAUAAAGGUUCUUUUUGAAUCUCAUGUCUUUCUAAAGAUGUUUUGGAUGUAACCGUGUACGAUGUAUUUUAGUUUAGAUGAUGAUAAUUUGAUUGUAGAAUCAUAGUAGUAAAAAUAGGGAAGAAACCCUUCGAUAUUGUCUAAUCAAUUCAGUUUAGUAUAUCCAUCUCAGUCGUAUAUGGUUGAAAUGGAUUCUUGUUUUUCUUCCUUUCGUUUCUCGUGCCUGUCUUCCCCUUCCUUUGUUCAAACUAAUGCGAAAUGUUGGAUCUUGUAUUGGAUUA